CGGCGCGUCGAUGGCGGCGGGGGUCUCGCGCUGCUGGAUCAUGUGCGCCGGAGCCUCGCUGGCCGCUGCCUCGCUGUGGGAAGUUGGCGUGCCAGACUCUCUGAGUGGCCGGAGAGAGAAGCGACAAAAGCCGCGAGUUUUGUUUAUGAGGGUGCUUUUCGAUGUACAGGCCGGACUUGGUUCUGCUGCUCGGAGGGAUUUGCUUUCUCACCCUGGCUGCCGUGUCUCAGGUGAGAUCCGGAUCCGGUAUUACACGGGCAAGGUAAUUGACAACCUGCGUGAGGAUUUCGUGCCAGAUGACUUCUUGUCAGCAUUGCUUCUCAUGGGCGUGUUCUCAGUGGGAAGCGCGGUGGGCGCCGGCAGCCGAGGGGGUCUUCUCAUGUGGGCCAUUAACUCCUUCAAGUGCAGAGUGAAGGCGAAGCUCUUUCGUGUUCAGACCAACCAGGAGAUGGCGUUUUUCGACACCGUAAAGACAGGUGAACUCACCUCCUUGCUUUCCAAAGACAUCCCCCUGAUGGCUGAAACAGUUUGUCUGAACAUCAACGUUCUGCUGAGGACGCUAAUCCAGACGGUGUACACACUGGCCCUCAUGGUGAACCUCUCAUGGAUGCUAACAUGUUUAGUGCUCUUGGAGGUCCCCGUCACGGGCUUCAUCCAGACCAUCUCCAACAAAAAGCAGCAGCGGUUGACGCAGGCCGUGCAUGACUCCAUGACGGCGGCAAACGAGACGGCUAACGAGAUCAUCUUGGCCGUUCGGACGGUGCGGAGCUUCAACGCUGAGAAACACGAGGCCCGUCACUAUGACGACCGGCUGAUGGACACGCACAGGGUCAAGACCCGGCGGGAAACUGUCAGGUUCAUAUCCCUGUUGGCGCAACGGCUGAUAGGCUUGGCCGUUCAUGUGCUGAUGCUGUGGUAUGGCAGGCUGUUCAUCCAAAGGGGUCAGAUGACCACCGGGAACCUGGUCUCCUUCAUCCUCUACCAGUCAGACAUCGGACACAACAUCAGGACACUGAUCCACAUCAGCGGCAACAUGUUGAACUCGGUGGGUGCCGCCGGGAAAGUCUUCGAGGUUCUGGAUCGACGGCCUCGGAUCAGGACGGAUGGGAAACUCGCACCCGAGUCGCUUGCCGGACACGUCAUCUUCCGCCAUGUCAACUUUGCCUACCCGGCACACCCCGACGUAACAGUGCUGCAGGACUUCUCUUUGGAGCUGCCGGCGGGUCAGACGACGGCGCUGGUCGGUGUGUCUGGAGAGGGAAAGAGCACCUGCGUCACUCUGCUCAAACGCUUGUACGAGCUGCAGGACGGAGAAAUCCUGCUGGACCAAGCCGAGCUGGGAUCGUAAGACGGCCGCUAUCUCAGCGAGAAGAUUGCGGUGGUCAGCCAAGAGCCGGUCCUCUUCCACGGUUCCGUCAGGCACAACAUCGCCUACGGCUUGGAGGACUGCUCCCUGGACGCCAUCCAGGAAGCGGCGCGGCAGGCCAACGCUCACGACUUCAUCUCACGGCUGGAGAAGGGCUACGACACGGAGGUCGGUGAGGGGGGCGGCCUGCUGUCCAAGAGCGAGCGGCAACGCGUGGCCAUCGCCCGAGCGCUGGUCAGACGGCCGCGGGUCCUCAUCCUGGACGAAGUCACCAGCUCCCUGGAUGAGCCCAGCGAACGCAAGGUCCUGCAGGGUCUGUUGAGGCGUUCUGAGCGAAGCGUGCUGCUGAUCACUCACAGGUUGAAGAGGCCCGAGACGAUCGACCAGAUUGCGGUGAUCGGCGGCGGUGGCGUUCGGGAGCGAGGAACCCACCGCCAGCUGAUGGACCA